AUGGAUGCCCACGCCCUCCUCACCUCCCAAGGCUGGCGUGGCACCGGCAACUCCCUCCAUCCCACCUCCAACACCAUCGGCCUCUCGCGGCCCCUGCUCGUCUCCAAGAAAGUCGACAACCUCGGCAUCGGCAAGAAGCAGCACCGCACGAGCGACAUGUGGUGGAUGAACGCCUUCGAUAGCUCGCUCAAGGGCCUGGACACGAGCCACGAGGGCCAGGUGAAGCAGACGGUCACCAGCGGCGGCCUGGACAUGGUGCAGAAGGGGGGCGCGAAGUGGGUGGGGAGCAAGGGCGGGCUUUAUGCGAGUUUUGUGCGCGGGGAGGGGCUGGGCGGUACGAUUGGGGAGAGGGGGCAGGAGAAGACGGGGAGCGAGGGGACGGGUACGGGUACGGGUACGGGUACGGGGAGCGAGAUUGGGAGUCGGAAUGGGAGUGCGAAAGACGGGAAAAGGAAAAGGGAAAGGGAGGACGAUGGGGAAAGUAAGGAGGAGAGGAGGGAACGGAGGGCUGCGAAGAGAGCUGCCAGGGCGGAGAGGGUGGAGGAAUUGGUGCUUGAGGCUUCGAGAUCUGAGGAGAAGAAGGCGAAGAGGGCAAAGGUCGAAGAGAAUGGCGAGACGAAGGAAGAGCGGAAGGCGAGGAAGGCCGCGAAACGGGCGCUCAAGGGACAGGAAUCUAAACCUGCUGACGAGUCAAGUGAAGACGCCGAGACGACAUCUGCAACGAGGCCCGAGACCAAAGAAGAGCGCCGAGAACGAAAACGACUGAAGAAACUUGCGAAGGAGGCUGCUUCGACACAAGCGGAGGAUUCAUCCGAGAAGGCAAAGAAGAAAAAGAAGCGUAGGAGAGAGUGA